AUGCGGCGACAUGGUGUCGACCUAGCCUAUAGCCCGAUGAUAAUGUCUUCCGCCUUCCUCCAUUCCGCCGAAGCGCGAGCUGCUGACUUCUCUACCUGCCCUGAGGAUCAUCCACUCAUCACACAAAUCGCCUGUCGAUCGGGCCCUGAAUUUGCGCUCUGUGCCGAAGAAUUGUCUACUCUCUGUGAGGGUGUGGACCUUAAUUGCGGUUGUCCUCAGAGGUGGGCGAUGGAAGAAGGCUACGGGGCAGCUCUACUAAAGCAUCCCGAGUUGAUAGAGGACUUGGUGAAGGCAGCCAGAGCAGUCGUGCCCCGGUGGCGUGUCGUUAAAGCACCCCAAGAUGAGGAGCGUCGAAUAGCCUUCUCUGUGAGCAUCAAAAUCCGUCUCGUUCCCUGCCCUCCACGUGCUAUCGGUGAAGACGGUGAUUCUUCCAGCUCUACAUCCUAUCCGAGCAAUGUUCAGCUGACCACAGAAUUGGUGCGCCGUGCAGCUUGUAUGGGUGUAGACUGGGUCACCGUCCAUGGGCGCACACCUUCCCAACAUUCCAAUGAUCCUGCGCGAUGGCACGACGUGGCUCAAAUUAUUGCCGCUCGGGUGCCUCACCAUACCCAUACUGCCGCUCCUCUUCCAAUAUUCCUUAACGGUGAUGUCAAGACCUUGGAUGAUGCAUUCCGAGCUUAUCAAAUUUCUGGUUGUCAGGGUGUUAUGGCGGCUCGCGGUCUUUUGCAGGAUCCAGCGCUAUUCGAACAAAAUCGGCCACAAGACCCCUGGAACCUAUACAGAGAGUGGCUUGACCUGUGCCAAGAAUAUUCAGCUUCCCUGCCGUUCAGUUCCAUACAUCGGCAUGCCUACUGGAUACUAGAGAAGCACAUUGGCAAGAAGGGACGUGAGAUGCUACACAAAAUCGACAAUAUGGCCAACCUAUGUGACUUCUCACCAGCCAGUGUCUAUACCCAAAACACACCUAUUUAG